AUGACUACCGACAACGCGGCAGCCGAGGAUUCAGACAACUUCCGAUUUUUCGGAUUGGGAGGCUGCAAUGAGGUUGGUCGCUCGUGUCACAUCAUUGAAUACAAAAACAAGGUGAUCAUGUUGGAUUCAGGAGUUCAUCCCGGUCUUGGAGGAAUGAACUCUCUCCCGUUCUUUGAUGAAUACGAUUUAUCCAAGGUUGACAUUUUGUUGAUCAGUCAUUUCCACUUGGACCAUGCUGCGUCCUUGCCAUACGUUAUGCAACAGACUAAUUUCAAGGGAAGAGUGUUUAUGACCCACGCAACCAAGGCAAUUUAUAGAUGGUUACUCUCGGAUUUUGUGCGUGUGACCACGCUCUUUGGUGGCGGUGAUGGUGACAAACAGGCAGAUGAAUCGCCCAACAAUAACGCAGCUUCUGCCAAUUUGUAUACCGAUGAGGACUUGAUGAUGUCCUUUGAGAAGAUUGAGACCAUUGACUAUCACUCCACAAUCGAGGUCGAGGGUAUUAGAUUUACGGCAUAUCACGCAGGCCAUGUUUUAGGUGCAUGUAUGUACUUCAUUGAAAUAGGAGGUGUUAAGGUAUUGUUCACGGGUGACUAUUCUCGAGAAGAAGACCGUCACUUGAAGGUGGCCGAGGUUCCUCCCACCAGGCCGGACAUAUUGAUUACAGAGUCCACUUUCGGAACAGCCACCCAUGAGCCAAGACUAGAAAAGGAAACCAGAAUGAUGAAAAACAUACACUCUACUAUCCUAAAAGGUGGACGGGUAUUGAUGCCUGUGUUUGCGUUGGGCCGCGCCCAGGAACUUCUCUUAAUUUUGGAAGAAUAUUGGUCGCUCAAUGAGGACCUUCAGAAUGUUAGUAUAUACUAUGCUUCGGAUCUUGCUCGUAAAUGUAUGGCAGUUUAUCAAACUUACACCAGCAUCAUGAACGAAAAAAUCCGUCUCAGUGCCACUUCAGGAGAGAAAACGAACCCAUUUCAAUUCAAAUUCAUCAAAUCGAUUAGAAGCAUCGACAAAAUCCAAGACAUCGGGCCAUGUGUGGUGGUUGCCUCUCCGGGAAUGCUUCAAAGUGGUGUUUCAAGAACACUUCUAGAGAGGUGGGCGCCUGAUCCCAAAAACGCAGUUAUCAUGACAGGUUAUGCCGUGGAAGGAACUAUGGCGAAAGAAAUUCUCGCUGAGCCUCACACAAUCCCCUCAAUUGUCAACCCUGAAGUGGCAAUCCCUCGCCGUUUGUCCGUUGAUGAAAUCUCUUUUGCGGCUCAUGUGGAUUUCCAGCAAAACGCUGGAUUCAUAGAAGAAGUUUCGCCUAAAAAGAUUAUUCUUGUUCAUGGUGAUAGUAAUCCUAUGGGAAGACUCAAAUCUGCUUUAUUGAGUAGAUACUCCUCUCGAAAAGGUACAGAGGAAGAAGUCAAGGUUUUCAAUCCGAGAAAUUGCGAAGAUUUACUCAUCGGAAUUAAAGGAGCCAAAUUUGCAAAGGUGGUCGGCCUUCUCGCGGAGUCGGAGAUUGGACUUGUGAGAGAAUUCUUAGAAAAGAAGGAAAACGAGAGUAAAAUCACUGAGGUAAAGGAUGAAGAUGCGAUGGAAGAAGUAAAGACCGAGGAAGCGGAGAACGAACUUCAAGCAAAAGACAACGGGGCCCAGGUGACUCAAGACGACAAGUUCAUCAGCUCAGGCAUUGUUCUUUCCGGUGUCUUGAUAUCAAAAGACUUCGAUAUGAACUUGCUACAACUUGAAGAUCUUCAAGAGUAUACCCAGCUCACGACGUCAUUUGUGAAAUCUAAUAUCAGACUCAAAAUCCAGGCCAGUGUCUCAUUGAUUCUCUGGCAUCUUGAACAAAUGUUUGGACACAUUAAUGUCGUGAUGGAUGAAGAAGAGCUAUGGGAGUGCCUUAUCAUGGACAUGAUCUUAGUCAGUGUUGACAAGAGUACCCCAGCUACAGGAUUGAACAUCAAUGUUGAGUGGAUCAAUAAUAAUGCAAUGGCAGACUCACUUGCGGAUAGUAUUGUCGCAAUCUUAUACUCGGUCGAUUCAUCUCCAGCAUCUGUGAAACUCACAUCAAAAACACAUACACACUCGCAUAUCGUCAAGAAAGAAGAUUCUGGAGAAGUCGCUACCGAGGACAAGAAGGGCCAUCAAUUGAGCGAUAUUAGCAGCAGAAUCCACAGAAUCUCGACCCUAUUGAAGGCGCAAUUUGGAGACGCAAUUACACAGCUCGACAAAAAAGGAGCGGUGGUCAAGAUAGGAAAGGCCGAGGCCGAAAUUGAUUUUACUUCUUUACAAGUGAAGUGUCCCUCUCGUGUUCUUAAAGACAGAGUGGAAAACAUUCUCAAAAGGGGGUGCAAGCUUUCCGCACCAUUUUCAACAAAUCAGAAGGAAAUUUAG